AUGAGUGAUCGAGUGAAUCACACAACUGGUAAGGCUAUAGGAUAUCUAGAAGAACUGAAAAGCCGACUAGGUAGACGAAGGGAAGGGGAGGAUCUGGAGAGUGUGAACUAUUGGAUUGACCUUAAACUUGUGGGGACGCAUUCUUCGUAUCGUUCACGGUUGUACUACUGCAAGUACAACAAUCAGGGCCUUUCUGCGUUCACGUCGUCUCUCUAUCUCGCCGGUCUCGUCUCGUCCCUCGUUGCGUCUCCGAUCACGCGCAAGUACGGCCGACGCGGCAGCAUCAUCUGCGGCGGCGUAAGCUUCUUGAUCGGAGCGGCGCUCGAUGCCUCGGCGGUUAAUUUGAUCAUGCUCAUUUUAGGCCGGAUCAUGCUCGGUGUGGGCAUUGGAUUUGGAAAUCAGGCAGUGCCGCUCUACUUAUCAGAAAUGGCGCCGACUCAUCUGAGAGGCGGCCUGAACAUGAUGUUCCAGCUGGCGACGACGCUCGGGAUAUUCACCGCCAACAUGAUCAACUUCGGGACGCAAAAGCUCGAACCGUCGGGUUGGCGCCUCUCGCUGGGGCUGGCAGCUGCGCCGGCCAUCCUGAUGACGAUCGGAGGCAUACUUCUCCCUGAAACGCCCAACAGCUUAAUUGAAAGAGGAUUCGAACAGCAGGGCAGGAAAGUGCUAGAAAAAAUCAGAGGAACAAACGACGUGCAAGCCGAAUUCGAGGACAUAAUGGACGCUAGCGAGCUCGCAAACUCAAUCAAGCAUCCUUUCCGGAACAUUCUAGAAAGACGGAACCGGCCGCAGCUGGCGAUGGCCGUCUUCAUGCCGGCUUUCCAGAUAUUAACGGGCAUCAACGCCAUUUUAUUUUACGCGCCCGUGCUUUUCCAGGCCAUGGGACUGAAGGGGAACGCGCCGCUCUACUCCUCAGCCGUGACGGGAGCCGUGCUGGCUGCCUCCACGGUCAUCUCCAUCGCGACGGUCGACAGACUGGGGCGGAGGGCGCUGCUGAUCAGCGGGGGCGUGCAGAUGAUCGCGUGCCAGGUGAUCGUGGCGAUCGUGCUAGGCGUGAAAUUCAGGGGAGAUGGGGAGCUUUCGAAGGUGUAUUCGGGGAUUGUUGUGGUGGUGGUGUGCUUGUUUGUGAUGGCGUUCGGGUGGUCGUGGGGGCCGCUGGGGUGGACCGUGCCGAGCGAGAUAUUCGCGCUGGAGACGAGGUCGGCGGGGCAGAGCAUCACGGUGGCGGUUAACCUGUUCUUCACCUUUGUGAUUGGGCAGGCGUUUCUGUCUAUGCUCUGUGUUAUGAAAUUCGGGAUUUUCCUAUUCUUCGCGGGCUGGAUUGUGGUGAUGACUCUUUUCGUCUACCUUUUCUUGCCGGAGACGAAGGGUGUUCCGAUUGAGGAGAUGAGUUUCUUGUGGAGGAGACACUGGUUUUGGAAGAGGUUUAUAACGUAGUAGUAAUAUUUGCAAGUUAACUUGCGUAAUAAUAAUGGAAGAAAUCAUUUUUCUGAUU